AUGUCUAGUGCAAUCGAGGGACUGCACUCUCGCGAGACCUCGUUGCUGGCGAUCCUGACGGAGUGGUUCCUCGCGGGCCGAGAGUGGGAAUACCCGGUACAGGUGAUGACGCAUGGAUUCUCGCGGCCGAUAAGAUCGAGUGGGAAAAGAGGAAGACUUGACGUUGACCUUGGUGUUCGAUUCGAGACCAAGUCCAAAAUUAGUGAGGACUGGGAUGGGGUGACGGAUGAGAUACCAGCCAAUCGGGCAUCCAUUGAUCGAACGGGCAUGCACGGUCACUUUGCGGAACCUGGAGAGCCUUGUCGCGAUGCUGGAAGGCUGGAUGUCAAGUUGGAUGAUCCUUCGGCCCGGGCAGGGGAUGUUCUAAAGAUCAAUCAAUUGGUGGGUCUGAAGUCGGAAGGGUCCCAGCUGUCAACGAUGGCAGGGCACAAUGGGAUGUCAUUUGAGAUUGGGGCAUAUCAUUCGAGUUUCGCUGAGGAAGAACUCCAUGGUGCUAGAGGAUGUGACAUGACUAUGAUGAAAAUUGGCCUCAUUGACGCAUGA